CAUCGGCCUGUGCAUUUGAUAGUCGGCAUCGGCCACUCUGAGUAUUGUACUGACGAGCUACUCCGAGUAUUUUCCAAUUUAUUUGAUAGUCGGUAUAAUCGGCCCCUCUGAAAUUAACCUGCGGCCGUUAACUUUUCAUGCCUUGUUCAGUGACUUGGUGCGUGCUAUGCUAUGAGAGGGGAAGCCUUACGCUCUGUAAAAGAUCACUACGCCCGCUUGCUCGACCUGUGCAUCCUCCACAAGAACCCAGCUCCGGCCGCACGAGUCCACUCCAAGAUCAUUGUCGCCGGCCUCGAUCGCGACUCCUUCCUCUGUGUCAAGCUCAUCGCCUUCUACUCCAUCUCCGGCCAACUCCACAAGGCCGAUGCUGUCUUCAGCCGCGCUCCCCACCGCGACGCCUUCGUCCUCAACUCCAUGAUCAGAGCGUACUCCUCCCACGGCCUGCACCGGGAAGCCAUCGACCUCUUCCAUCGGAAGAGGCAUGACGGCGUCCGGCCGGAUUCCUACACCUUCUCCUGCGCCGUCAAGGCCUGCGCCUCGAUUUCCGAUCUCGCGCGAGGGAAGGAACUGCACGGCCUCGCCUCCGAGAGAGGCCUCCACUCCGAUGUGUUUGUGGGCAACUCGCUGAUGUGCAUGUACGCGAGGUGCGGGAGGAUGGAGGAAGCGCUCGAGGUGUUCGAAGGGAUGCCGCAACAGGACACCGUGUCGUGGACGUCGAUCAUUUCGGCCUACGCGAUCAACGGUCACAAGGGAGAAGCUGUGGAGAAGAUGAGGCAGAUGAUCGAAAGCGGAUUAAAGCCCGACCAAGUCACCGUCCUUGCAAUCCUUUCGAUGGCCGCCGAUGCGGCUGUCGUCCGAGAAGUGCAUGGCUACGUCUUGAGAAGUGGGUUUGAGCCGACGCCGAUGCUGCAGAAUUCGCUUAUAUCAGCUUAUGGCAAGUGCGGCAGGGUAGAUGACGCACGGAAGGUGUUCGAGAGAUGUUCCCGAGUUAACAGAGUCACUUGGAACUCCUUGAUCUGCGGUUAUGCUCAGAAUGGGCUGUUCCAAGAAAGCAUGCAGCUUCUCAGGGAGAUGAAGCGUUCUGGAUGCGAUCUCGACGUCAUUACUUACAGUGGCAUGGUGUCUUCCUUUUCUCAGAAUGAUCUCUUCGAUGAGGCAAUGGAGGUCUUCGACGAAUUAGUGAAUGCAGCGUUGAAGCCGGAUGUUGUAGCUAUUGCAAGUGUAUUGCCGGCGAUUUCAGGUUUGCAGCUCUCUAGUUGCUGUAAGGAAAUUCAUGCUUUCUCUUUCAGACAUUGGCUGGAGUCGGAUCGCCGAAUCCGAAAUGCUUUGGUAUCAGUUUAUAGCAAAUUUGGACGUGUGCAAUGUGCUGAACUAGUUUUCAAGGCAAUCCCAGAUCCAGAUGUGAUAUCCUGGAGUUCAAUGAUCAUGGGUUAUGCUCAAAACCAUUAUUUUGUGGAAGCUUUGGAUACAUUUCAGCAGAUGAUGAAGGCAGGAACAAAGCCCAACCCUCUUACAGUCACCAGUGUUCUUUCAGCUUGUGCGGGUGUUUCCUGGCUGAGGCAAGGGAAAGAGCUGCAUUCAUGGGCAGUGAAGAACUCCGUCGACGACCAGUCAUAUGUCGGAAGUGCUCUAGUGGACAUGUAUGCCAAGUGCGGAAGGUUGAACGACUCCAGAAAGGUGUUCGACUUAAUGAUAGAAGACAAGAGCUUGGUCACUUACAAUGCGAUGAUUGGGGGUUAUGCCGUGCACGGAUUGGCAGAGGAUGCGCUUGAGGUUUUUCGCAUGGUGAAGGAGCCUGAUCAAGUGAGCUUCAUUGCAGCAUUGUCAGCGUGCAGCCAUGGAGGAAAAGUCGAAGAAGGGAUCAAAUUAUUUCACAGCAUGAAGGAUAUGGAAGUGAGACCUAGAGAGGGGCACUAUGCUUUGAUGGUGGACUUAUUGGCACGGUCAGGAAGAUUGCAAGAUGCUCUCAAUCUCAUAGCAACAAUGCCGAUGAAACCAAGUUUGGAAAUUUGGGGAGCAAUGCUUGGAGCAUGCAAGAUACACUCUAACUUGGAGAUGGGCAUCUACACUGCGAAUCAGAUCAUUGAGUCGGGCAGUGGGAAUUCGGGGUACUACGUAUUGCUUUCGAACAUAUUGGCGAAUUUUGGGAGGUGGAAAGAGGUGGAGGAGAUCCGGGAGGCGAUGACAGGUAACGAAGUGAAGAAGGGUGCAGGGUGUAGUUGGGUAGAGGUGAACAAGAAUGUGCAUUCAUUUGUUGCAAAGGAUAGGUCGCAGCAUCCGAAGUCGGAGAGCAUGUUCAUGAUGCUAAAUGUGUUGAAUGAACAUAUGAAAGGAAUGAGUUGCUAGCUUGUCUCUCACCCAAUUUGUGGGGGUGUGACUACGAAGAUAUAGAGGAGAGCUACAGUUUAAACAAACUUGGGAAUCGUUUGUUUAGCUUUGCCCAAACAAAUCGUUUACUGACUGGUAGCUGCAGAUGAUUUGUGGGCUUCACUUCUAGAAUAAUAUCUUCAUUUUUGUAACUUCUGACUUGAAUUAUUCUGCCA